CAUCGGCUGUGCCUGACCGAGACCGACCUCCGCCAUGUCCCGUACGAGAGCAUGCCCGCCUCUGUCACCACGCUGGAGCUGAGCCUCUGCGACAUCCCCGACGCCUGGUUCUGCGUGUCCCCUUCGGUGCCGCCGCCACAGGUACAACACCUCGCUAUCGACAGCAUUCCCACCUUUUCUGACCAUCAUCUUCUUGACAUUUCCUCACAGAACCACUUGAAGACGCUGAGCCUUUGCGGCACGUACGGCGUCACUGACAUGGGGAUCCAAGCGGCAGCUCCGCACCUGGAGGAGCUGGAACGCCUGACCCUGCGGCACUGCAUCAUUGGCGAUGCUGCCAUGGUGUUCAUCGGGCGGCACAUGAAGCAGCUCCGCUACCUGGAAAUCAGCAACGCCUACUUCCUGACAAACAGGGGGCUGGUGGCUAUCGUGACCCUGGAGCACCUGGAGACACUGUGCCUUGACCUCUAUGAUUUGGUCUCCCUUGGUACUGUUAUCGCUUUGCUGCAAGUGCUGCCUCGCCUGAACCACCUCAAAUUAGGUGGAACUUGCUUUGAAGAUGAACUCCUCGGUAAAAUUCAGGAGAAUUUUCCACAUUGCACCAUAUCUCACACUCUGUGACCACCUGAAGUUCCUUAGUACACCUGAAGAGGCCUUUCUUUUUUUUUUUUUUUUUUUUUUUUU